AUGGUCCCGGUCCUGGAGGUGCCUGAUAGGCCCAUUCGCACAGGCCUGUACCCAUGGCGAGCCAAGCCCGGCGAGGAAGACCUUGUCGACCUCUCUCCUGGCACUGAGAUUGACGUUGUGUAUCUCAGCCCUUUCACUGGUCCGCGGGAAGCUGGACGUCUCCCCACUGUGUCCACACUUGAGGAUCUGAGCUCGCUUGCGCGGGCGUGCGAUCCUGAAUGGGCUGCUGAUGUUGCGCCGGUGUGGCCCACAGCGGCCAUCCCUGCCCUGCUUGUUGUGCCCAGGCCCCUCUCUCUCGAUAUGGUGUGUCUUGCCAUAUCGUCCUUGGAUCAACACUUUUCCAUUCUUGCUCCAUGUGUUACUUCAGUGUCAUGGCUCAGUUUUGCUCUUCGUUUUCUGCAGCCUAUGCAGACCCUGUCCGUGCGAGCUCCCAGCCCUCUCACUGCUGAGGCCACCACGGAUCAAAAUGUUAGAUGGCGCUCAGGGGACCUCGUUGUCGCUCUUCCGCCCGCCGCCUUUGUGCCUGAGUAUCAACCGCCCUGCUUCCACUCUGACACUCAAGUUCGUCAUUGCGCCAUAUGGUCGGUUGAUUUUUCAGUUUCCUUUCGAGCGAACUUCGUCCUGUGGCAACCGGGCGUCAGGGCCGUUCGGGGACAUGCCCCCGCAGGAGCUCGCUGGCAGGCACUCGACUUCACCUUCGAAGGGGAAUUCAGCCAACAUUACCCCGGUCGCUGGGUGCCCGUCCCCUGGAUUGCCCAGGACCACACGCAUCUCGUCCUGCUUCCUGAGGACCCAUCCCGUGCCAAUGUGGUGGUGGAAGCGGAUGGUCAAUGCUGGUGCGCUUCCAUCACUGCUGUCACAGAUGCGUGGCAACUGUGGACUGAACUGCCGUCUGUCUCCGGUCAACCUCGGGUCCUCGGCGUUUCUCAUCGCGAGCUUAGGCAGGGAACUACCCUACGUAGCGGCGAUGUGGUGUCCGAGGCCUCCGGACGCUUUACACCUUGGGCCGUUUUCAGCUUGAUCGGGGUGUCUGGGUGGCGCACUGCUGGGCCUAGCGUGGUUCUCCUCGCUAUUGGACUUGCCUGGGGGCAUUCUGUCGGGGCUACUCGCUACACUGGCGCUGCCCCGAGCUCCUCUCUGGACCGGCACGCAGAGGGCCCUCUCUUGCCAGACUGUUUCCCUACUUGCCAUCGGCUGUGGGAUCCUGCUUGUGGGGUCCUUGGACCCUUCCGUGGUACCUCUUUGGAGCUCCCUGUCGCUCUUCGAGAUGCUGCUCCCGCAUGGUCAUCCUUUACCCGGGUUCACCCUCCACAGGACCCUCGCCUUGUUGACUGGGUUCCGGUGCCCUCUGACCCGAUGUUUGCCACCGUCCUUCUCCAGUGCCCCCCGGCCACCCGGGCUGCUUUCCUUCCAGCUACGUGCGCCGCUGCCGAUUUGCUCCGAGCCUACAAUCGAAUUGUCCGGGACCUGUCUCUCAUUUUGGCACCCCCCGAAAUUUGGUGUGGGACGGCUACCUCACCGAACCCAACUCUUUUCCUCCGGUCCGGCGACGUUCUCACGCUCGCUGGAGAGACCUGGGCUCCUCGCCUUCGCUCGCCGGCCGGGCGUUACUGGGACACGCUGCUGCAGGCGCGUCACUUCGCCUUCUGGGGAAGCCCUUUCAGCAUACGCCAACCUGGGCUCCUGUUUGCCUGGUCACCUGGUGACCCGGUCCCACUCACUGUACCCACGGUUCGCGACGAACAAUGGGACCCCGUGCACUGCACAUUUCGGCCCUCCCUUGCCUGCUUCAGUGUCACCCGAUGGAUUCCUGCACAGCGGCUUGAUGACCUUGGUCUUCACCUUGUCCCCGAGAGCCCGAACCUGCACCGUGCGCAUGUUCUUCCCGCACAGCCUCCCCUGCACGUCCAGGUCGUUUCGCGACAAGGGUCGAGUGGCCUGCUGCGUGACGGAGACAGCCUCUCUGGCUGUCGACCAGCCCCGUCCCUUCUCCUUCCCCGCCUUUUAGUUGGGGGUCUGCUCCCGAGUACUCUCCGGCGGCUUUGGCUUGCGGCCCUUGGUCUCGGGCUCCUGGCAAGCUACGGCCCGCCAGCCUUUCCAGCUCAUCUGCUCUUUCCCCGUGCAGGGGCCCUCUCAGGGAACCGCCUGGCUCCCGCGCUUGAUUUUGGCCUCCUGUUCCGUACCAGCUGCUAUCUCCGCGCUCGGGGCGCGCCUGUCUGGAGCAGCACUGAUGGAAUCUCGUGGUCGGCCGAUGUUCAUGAGGAAUGCGUCGCCCAGGCUUCCAUACACCAACUCUGGUGGUCUCAUGAGCUUUACCCGUUUCUUCCCGCAUCCGCCCCUCCAUCAUACCGUCAGGCUUUCUGCAACUUCCCGCUCUGGCACGGGGGAGUGCCUGACCAGGUCUUUAUUGCCACUGACGGCAGCGGCGAGCAUGGAGGGGCUUGGGCCUUCUGUGUGUGGGCUUGGUGGCGCCAUCGAUGGUACCGCGUCGGUUGGUUUGGGGCCUCUGGCCAUCAGCUCCCCUGGACCCCUGACCUGCCGCCCUCAGCAGGCGGCCUCUCCUUCCACACUGAACUCGCGGCCUUACAGGCUGCCGGACUCUGGCUUAUUGCCUGGGUUGACCGCCUGUCCCUUCUCACAGCUUCUGCCCCUACCAAGGUUACUGUUGCGGUCGAUAACGCUGCGGCACUUCAAAUCGCAGCAGGGCAGGCCCAAGCCGCAGCACCUGCCACCACCACCACUCGGUAUGUUUGGCAGGCCGUUCAAGCUCGGCUCUCCACACGGUUCCAGCAUGUCCAUAGCCACGUCGGAGUGCUCCCAAACACCUUCGCGGACUUCCUUGCCGGCUGGUCGGGUCGAGUCUCCUGGCAACCGUGGAAGCAGCUUGACCCUUUGCUACCCUCCCUCAUGCAAAACGAUACCUUGACAUCCACUGAGGCCGCUGCUCCACCGGGUCGUCCACUUGCCGAUUCUCCCAUCCCUUUGCGCUUGGUCACAGCCAAUGUUCAAACGAUGCGUGACUCCAACGCUUCAUUCUUCAAUCCCUCAGGGCACGGUCAGCGGCGCCAGUACCUUUACUCUCAGGUUGCUACCUUAGGCCUCGACGUUGUCUGCCUGCAAGAAGCCCGCAGCAAGGGUGGCCGUUGGGACACAGCCGGCCUCCUCACCUGGCGCUCCGGCGCGCAGAAAGGGAGUUACGGUUGUGAAAUCUGGAUAAGGCCUGGCAUUACCAAUCCGCCCUUGCGGCUUGAUGACUGGCGCAUCGCUAGUGCCGACCCUCGUCUUCUCGUUAUUGUCAGCAAGCGUGCGGACUUACCCAUUGCUGUCAUCGCCGCCCAUGCUCCCCACGCUGAGCGGCCCGCUUCUGAGAUUCACCACUUUUGGUCUUCGUUGCACUCGUCCCUGUGCCAGUUGCCUCGGGCUCUGUCUCUUGUUCUCGGCCUGGAUGCUAACGCGGACCUACUUUGGGCGGACGAAGACCACGCCUAUAUCGGCGACUGUCUGGGCAACAGUGAGGAGGGUGCUGGCGAGCAGGGUCUUUUUGACACUAUCCAGCGUUUCGGCCUUCUUGCUCCGGCUUCCUUCUCCGCCAUCCAGCAGGGCCCGGGCUGGUCCUGGGAGCAUACGGGCGGUACCAGGAAGCGGCUUGACCAUCUCCUGCUUCAGGCGGGUCCAUGGCAGUGCACCCGCGCCCGUCAGCUUCCCGAGUUGGACAUUCUCAACGGCCGCAGAGAUCAUAUGCCUCUCCUUGUUGAAUGCUGUCUUAAACGACAGGCGACACUGGCACGACCCCCCGGGGCAUCCAACCGAGCUACCGCUAAGCAAGCUCAGCUUAUUGCUGCCAGCCUUUGGCGUGGGUUCCCAUCUCCCGUGCGCAGCAUCGUUGAGGUUGGACAGGAGAUCAGGGAUCUCAAAGCUAGGCACCUCCGCCUCUUGGAGGCCCUUCCGAGAGCUCCUCGGCGGCCUGCCCGCCAGCCCUACAUCACUGCCGAGUCUGUUGCCGCCCUGGAUGUUGUGCGGCAGGCUCGCGAGCAACUCCCGCGCCUCCGCAGCAAUGUCGAAUGGCAGAAACGGCGCUUUCUUCUCCUUGUGUGGCGUUGGAGUUGCGUCAGGGGUCGAUCCGACACUGCUGUCCCCCGCCCAGACCCCACCGGGCUUCAACAUGCCAGGUUGUUGUUACAGGCCUGUAAUCUGCAUAUCCGGGGUCUGCAGCAGAAGGCACACUAUCUAGCCCGUUCUGACAAGCUUGCCCAUUUCCGCACUCUUACCCUUGCUGCCACCCAGCACUGGGAAUCCACAGGCAUUCCUUUGGAAUCUAUCCGGCAUCUUCGAUGGGCUUCUCGCAAGGCCCAUGACCGUAGAGCUGUGCACGCCGCUGGCGGUUUCGACAUCGACCGUGAGCUUGAAGCACAAUUUCGUGACCAGGAAGGCGCCCGCCUCGUCUCUCCUGCACUGCUCUCACAAACAGCCGAGCAGUGGCUCUCUGUCGAUGCCACUCGCUCCCCGUGCCUCGAGGCAGUUCCUUCACUGCUCCAAAUGGAGCAAAUGUGCAUCCGACAGGCACCAGCUAAGGCACCAGGACCUGACGGCCUGCGGAACGAGCUCUGGCGGGAACAUGGAGCUCUUGCCGGACAAUGGCUUUGGCCGCUCUGCACCCGCAUUGCGCUUCAAGGCCGAGAACCCUUCGAUUUCAAGAAAGCCAUUGUCUGCGCCCUCUGCAAGAAGGGCCCGGCAUCAGUACCUGCCAACUACCGUUCCAUUGCCCUCCUUAACGGCAUCGCUAAGCUGUGGCAUUCGCACCUCCGUACCACGGUCGGUGGACAUGUGCUGUCUCGUUAUGAGCCCAUGCAGCUAGGAGGGCGCCGAGGUGUUCACACUGGGUUUGCACUGGCGGCUUUCCGAUGCGCCUGGGACCUUUCCGUCGCAGCGGGGCGGUGCGUUGCUGUUGUCUUUGUCGACAUCCAAGCCGCUUGCUAUGAGGCUAGCCGAGAUCUUCUUUUCGAUGGCUUCCCUGACGAUGUUGAUGUCCCGGAGCACCAUCACCUCGCUGGACUUGUCCUCCAGCUUCACGGCCAGGGGGCUCUCUCCGCUCUUGGCGUUGCUGAGGAUGUCAGCGCGCUCCUUCGGGAUUGUGUUGCUCUGUCCCACUGGUCGCUCUCCGGGUCGGACAACAUUUUCUUGGCCUCCCGAGGCUCCCGUCCCGGCGACGGCCUAGCGGACGUUUUGUUCGGCGCCCUAUUUGCCAUUGGGCUGCAACACAUACAGCGCACAGCUUGUUCCAUGGGCAUCUCGCACACCAGUGCCGGGGUCGAGAUCGGCCUCGAGCCAGGCGUCAAGCCGAUUGGCUGGGCUGACGACCUUGCCGUCCUUGCGGACUUCGAUAGUCCUGCCGAGCUCCAAACACAGCUCCCCCAACUCACUGGUGUCAUUCUUGAUACCCUCCGGUGCUUGCGGUUCCGGGUCAAUCUUGGAGCGGGCAAAACUGAGGCCCUUGUCGAUAUUAGGGGAGACGGUGCUCGCGCUGCACGAGGCGCCAUGCUCAGCGGCGACGCCCUUUUGGAAGUCUCCCAAGGUGACAGCAUUCGACUUUGCCCUGAGUACAAAUACUUGGGUGUAGCCCAACUGCCUCGAGACACCGGCAGGCGCGACUGCGAGCUGUCGGCACAGCGGGGGUCAGCGGCGGCGUCGCUUGCCCGAACCCUGCUGUGCAGCAAUUGUCUGCCCUGGGAACUGAAACGAGCCUGGAUUACCGGCCGAGUUCUCCCCUCAGCUUACUCCUCCUUGGCCUUCUCGCGCGCUGACUCCGCCCGGGCUGCUGCGCCAUUGGCUGGACUCUUUGAACGCACAGCUAGGAUCCUGUUGUCUUCCUGGCAAGUCGGUCACAAACUUACCACCCCCUUGCUUCGGCUUCUCGCUGAUAUCACCCCUCCUGACCUUGCUACCACUGUUAGCCAGUGCCGCCUCUGUGUGCAACUUUUCUGCAAGGCUCCAGCGGCUGUCAGGGAAAUUGUCGAUGCUGCGUGGAACCGGGCAAUCCCUUGGUGUCAGGCCCUCGUCCUUGCUUGUUUGCGAGUAGGAGUCGCCCUAGACUCCUGGGACCCCGCUGCUCCUCCCGCCAUCACUGUCCUGUUCGUCCAGCAGAACGGACGCGCUCUCCUUCGAGCGUGCAAGGCUCUGAGCAAAUUUGGGCACAGGUAUGCUGCCUGCGCCCAGCUUUGGGCGGACCUGGCCACCCGUCGCACCACCAAGAUCCUCGGUGCGCCACAAUCCCACAGUUGUCCGGUCUGUCGAUGUGUUUUCCCGAGCCUUCAUGCAGUACGCGCUCACAUGCAUCGGAAACACGGCGUCCUGUCUGAUGUGACUGCCUAUAUGGCGGGUUCGGUUUGUCUCUGGUGUAUGCGAGACUUCCAAUCCUCGGAUCGACUGAAGCACCACCUUCAAACGCAGCGCUCCUGCCUGCACGGCCUGCGUGUUACAGUCGGCCCUGUCUACCAGUACGGCUCGGGCACAAAACGUUCGGGUCGCGCCAGCCACCGGGGAGUCCCUCCACAACGCAUCUGUGGGCCUUGCAAUGCCACCCCAGCGCAGAGACGGGCGGCCGACCUCGGGGUGCCGGCCGAUGACGCGGCCCUGCAAGCUGAGUGGGAAGCUGUUCAACGCUCCCCUGCGCUCUCGGACCUUGUCCCCGGCAACCUGCAUCGACCAUCCUCCUUGUUGCCUUCCGACGAUGCCUCCGGCGCUCAGCAGGCUUGCCUUAUCUCCGCUGCUCGUGGUUCCUCCCCCAAGUCCCUUGCCUCCCAGCAUUCCCGCUCGGCCACUAUUGAGGCGGCCUCUCCUGCGCAACACCCUUUGCGUUGGUUCUCCGUUGUGGAGGGGGCUGCUGGCUGUGACGACUGGGCUCUUCCCUCGCCCUGGUGGCCUGGGCUUCUCGGCCUUGGAGGUGUCUUUCAGCUUCCCUCCUCCUGGCACAGGCUUUGGCCUAUGUGGUCCGCGCUCGAGUUCUUUGAACCUUGGGAGCAUCGGGCCAUCCGCCGCUUUGGUGCGCUGCGCUCCGCCUCCUCGUGCGGGUUAGGUGCAGCAGCCACCCUUGCUGAUGCCACUACUGGCAAGUGGUCCCUGUUGGAGUUGGCCGCUGCCACGGUAUCCUUCCGUAUGAUCUGCAAGGCUGUCCUCCGCGGUGGUGCCCUCUGGCUUUGGGGGCGCCCCAGCAAUGCGGGUCUUGCCCUGCUGCGCCGCCUGCUUCCUGCGGCCUUCUUCUUGGACUUCCUUUCGCCGUGGGGACGGGUCUUCCUUGUCGCUUGCUCUGCUUCCUUGGCCUCCCUUGUGCGUGCUGUCUUUGCUCGCCCUGCCUGCUCGGCCCCGGUCUCGCUUCCCUUGCGAGCUUUUUGGGCCUAUCCGGCAGCCUGA